AUGGAACGGGUGGAGGCUGCACGUCACAACCGCGUGGCUGGGCACGGAUGGUAUGAGGGCGCCCCUAUGCCUCUUAACUCUGAUCCUCCUUCAGUAGAAGAGCGAGGGCGGGACCCUACUCCUGCAGAGGCCGCAGAGCACCCUGCCCAACAGACACAGGCGAGGGUAAGCAACCAGUCUAAAUCCCGAUCCCGAGCAACCUCUACCCGACUCCGCAAGCCAGACCGGCAGGGCAAUAAGCGACCCCGCACAGAGGAGGACUCCGAACCAAAUAGUGCUAUGGCAGACACCCAGCCAGAAUUUAGCCAGGGCCCACCACUAGUAGAGAUUGACACCAAUGCCCAGACCAUGCAGGCUACAGAAGGCCCAUGCCGGCGGUCUAAACCAAGUGUUGACUUCCAUAUACGCUGA